UUUCCUUGCCAGUCGAUCCGCCGCACUCGCCCCGCCACCGCACCAAUCACGCUGGCUCAAGCAACACUCGGGCAUUUCCUUUUUCAUCCCUGUACACUAGUCUCGCCAUACUCGACCUCUAUCGAUCACGCUCGAUCCUCAAUACCAUUGCCACUAGUCGCCUAAUCCUGUAGGCUUAUCCAACCUUCUUGACUACCACGUCUCUCCACACUCGGUCGCUACACUACAUUUACUUACGCGGUCGCGCCCACGCCUUCCUACAUGAGCAACUUGAAAGACCGUUUGGCGCGAUUGGGUCUGUCCCAGUACCACCAAGUGUUCGUGGCCGAAGGCUUUGACUCCUGGGAGACAGUGCUCGACAUCACAGAAUCCGACCUGAGCUCCCUCAACGUAAAACUUGGUCAUCGACGGAAACUACAACGGGCCAUUGCCGAAUCGCGCGGACAGUCAUCCGAGAAGCCACUUCCUAUUAAUCUUCCCCGAGCAGGAAGCACUGCAGGCUCGUAUCGAAGUGACGAUUCAGGGCCUGAAAGCAAAACCAAGCAACCGGAGUCAAGCAAUCCUUCUUCUGGUGUAACAGGUGCCAAGCGGAAAUACCGACGACAUCCAAAGCCCGAUGAGCAUGCUCCAGAACGCCCACCAUCUGCUUAUGUCAUUUUCUCAAAUCAGGUGAGGGAGUCCCUAAAGGGACAAGAUCUAUCCUUCACCGAGAUUGCCAAAGUGGUUGGCGAGAAAUGGCAAGUCCUACCCGCGGAAGAGCGCGAAGGCUGUGAACGACAAGCCAAUGGCGCCAAGGAAAAGUACUAUGCGGAAUUGGCCGAAUACAAGAAAACACCGCAAUAUGAAGCCUACCAGAAGUAUCUUGAAGAUUUCAAAGCAAAGCACUCAGUUCCAACAAAAGGCAAGCGUUCAAAACUGGAUACAGAGACGAGCACUUCAACCCUGGCGGAUAGCAAUGAACAAAAUGACCAAGCAGCAAACAGAAGAUCAAGUUUCACACAGCCAGAUAGCAACACGCUCGCGCAACAAAAGUCAGAUCCCAACCAACCCCCCGGCCCUUCGCGUCUUCCUGCAGGUCCUACCUAUACCUCUAAACCCACAUCGCCGACCAAUCGCUCGCUCUCUGGGUUCAAUUCUCCCAGAUCAGGGGAACAGUUCUCGCCAAUUUCCGCCUCACCGCGUUCCGCAGUCAUAGGAAGAGACGGCAUCUUUGAGCCAGCUGUGAUCAGUUCCGUACGGGAUACUAGGACUCCGUUCGACUCGAAUUCAUACCAACAAUCUGCAUUCAAUCAGGACAACAACCACCAAUCUUCAUCAACGCCACCACCACCACCACCACCACCCUCGUAUACAUACCCAUCUCGUUAUCAAGCGCCAGCAGAUUUUCCCUCUCGUCGAGCACCGCGGGACACCACUCGUCUUCCACGCCUCAGUCACGAGGACACGACUUUGUCCUCGGAGAGUAGUCACAGUGGCCAAGGGGUGCUCACACCGAGCUAUCCUGAGCAGGCCCUACCUGCUGAUCCUAGCAAGACAAUGCGUAUGCUUCCCCAGCCAAUCCCAAGUAUAGGGCCUUCACCUUCGCCACUAGACCGGCCCAUGACACAUAUGGCGGCGUCGCAUUAUCCUCUCCACUCACAUGACUACCGCACACAAGGUCCACUAGCAGUCCUAGUAAGAGCAGGAGAGUUGGCGGCGAGAGUAGCGGAUGAGGAUGCAGCGGUCAACGCAGGAUCGCCUUGAUUGUUAAUUUGACGACCACGCCACGGUACACACGACACACAUUAUGGGUUAUUUGGUGCCUCAACCAGUAGACGCUGCAUGGCCUGCUGGACUAAUAUUUGCAACGGCUCGCGUAAUCGGUCAAGUUGGGAAUUAUUUAAGCCCAUGGCACACGGGCCAAACAACCAUUAGCGGAGACGCUUUA